GGGGCGCGGAGGUUUCCGAAAGUGCGGCGUUGUGUUGUGCGCGGGAGCCGGGCGGGAUCGCCGACUCCGGGGCCGCCGCGCCUGGCUCCCUCCCUGGCUUCGGCUGCCCCGGCCCCGGGAGCUGCAGGGGGUCGCCUCGUCUGUGUCUGAAAAGGUGAUGAGGAGCUGAAGGUAGAAGAAUACAUGUUCACUAACGGUGAACAAGAGCAUGUUCCCAAAUUCAAUCUUGGGUCGCCCGCCCUUCACUCCAAGCCAUCAGCAGCAUAGUAACUUCUUCACCCUGUCUCCAAGUCUUUACUCACACCAGCAGUUUAUAGAUGCACAAUUCAACUUUCAGAAUGCAGACUUGUCUAGGGCCGUGUCAUUACAGCAGCUUACAUAUGGAAAUGUCAGUCCAAUACAGACCUCAGCUUCUCCAUUAUUUCGAGGAAGGAAGAGAUUAAGCGAUGAAAAAAACCUUCCUCUUGACGGUAAACGGCAGCGUUUCCAUUCACCCCAUCAAGAGCCAACCGUAGUAAACCAGAUAGUGCCUUUAUCAGGUGAACGAAGAUACUCAGUGCCGCCAGUGUUUCAUGCACACUUUGUACCAGAUAUAGUCAGAUGUGUUCCACCUUUUCGAGAAAUACCAUUUUUAGAACCUAGAGAAAUCACACUACCUGAGGCCAAAGAUAAGUUGAGUCAGCAGAUACUGGAGUUAUUUGAAACAUGUCAGCAGCAAAUAAGUGAUUUAAAGAAGAAAGAACUCUGUCGAACACAGCUGCAGAGAGAAAUCCAGCUGUUAUUUCCACAAAGCAGACUUUUUUUGGUUGGAUCCUCUUUAAAUGGAUUUGGUACUCGAACCAGUGAUGGUGACUUAUGCCUAGUUGUUAAAGAGGAACCAUCUUUUUUUCAGGUAAAUCAGAAGACCGAAGCACGGCAUAUACUCACCUUAGUCCAUAAACACUUCUGUACCAGACUCUCUGGCUACAUUGAGAGACCUCAGCUGAUUCGUGCAAAAGUGCCAAUUGUGAAGUUCAGGGAUAAAGUCAGUUGUGUGGAGUUUGACUUGAAUGUAAACAAUAUUGCUGGAAUAAGAAACACAUUCCUUCUCAGAACUUAUGCAUACCUUGAAAAUCGAGUUCGUCCAUUAGUGCUGGUGAUUAAGAAGUGGGCCAGUCACCAUGAUAUAAAUGACGCCAGUCGUGGUACUUUAAACAGCUAUAGUCUUGUAUUGAUGGUUUUGCACUAUUUACAGACCUUACCUGAACCCAUCCUUCCAUCCCUCCAAAAAAUUUACCCAGAAUCCUUUAGUCCUGCUAUCCAGCUGCACCUUGUACAUCAAGCUCCAUGUAAUGUUCCUCCUUACCUCUCAAAAAAUGAAUCAACUCUUGGAGACCUCUUGCUGGGAUUUCUUAAAUAUUAUGCUACAGAAUUCGACUGGAACAGCCAAAUGAUUUCAGUUCGUGAAGCCAAAGCCAUCCCGAGGCCGGAUGGCAUUGAGUGGAGAAAUAAGUACAUCUGUGUGGAAGAGCCUUUUGAUGGAACAAAUACAGCCAGAGCUGUGCAUGAAAAGCAGAAGUUUGACAUGAUCAAGGAUCAGUUUUUAAAGUCAUGGCACAAAUUGAAAAGCAAGAGAGACUUGAACAGCAUACUCCCCCUGAGAACUGCCGUCCUGAAAAGAUAGCCGGUCGCUUUCUUGGUGUCACCUUGGAGAAAUAAAGAGCAUUAGCUAUGUCAUUUGCAUUAUGUUUACCUCCAUCAUGGUUUCUUUCUGAUUGUUCUUUUGGUUUUCAUGUUUUAUUUUUAAAAGGACAUACUUAUAUAAAGAUUGCAUAUUUUAUUAUGACAUUUCCUAAUAAAACCCUUUGAUUUAAAAAUA